AUGCAUUCUGUCGCUGGUAAAACACCAUCAGCAUCAGCACCCACCAAAAAGGACGUCCUAUAUGUAGAUGCCUAUGACUCAUUCUCUAACAAUGUCAUCUCAAUGCUCGAAGAGAACUUGGAUGUCAAAGUCACAGUUUUAACGGUGGACUCGGAAUGGCCAAAUGGAGACAUGCGAGGAUUUCUGCGUGGUUUUGAUGCUGUGGUGUUGGGUCCAGGUCCCGGUCAUCCCGAAUGUGCAGCGGAUGUCGGCAUUAUGAAUGAUAUAUGGACUCUGGAAGGGGAGGAUCUGUUACCUGUACUGGGGAUUUGUCUUGGGUUCCAGAGUUUGUGUUUGAAUCAGGGAUUGGUGAUCAAGAGACUUCCGUGUCCUUUACAUGGUCAGGUACAUCAGAUAUCCGCUGUGGACAUGGAUAUAUUUGCGGGAAUUCAGGACUUUGAGGUGACACUAUAUCAUUCUCUCUACGCCUCGACGGGUUCUGAGACUCUUACUUCUCCCGAGGAAAUCCUCAACAGCAAUAAAUUUCCCGAUUCAGAAAAUCUCUCGUUUCUUGCGUGGUUGACGGUUCAGGAAGAAGAGUCUGUAUACCGAAGGCUCCCGAUGGGUGUUCGUCACAAAUCCAAGCCAUUCUGGGGGUUUCAGUUUCACCCAGAAUCUUGCAAGUCAGAUAGAGAUGCUUGCAAAAAGCUACUAUGGAAGUGGUGGGCGGCAAGUAUAGAAUUCAACCAAACAUCUAAACGCAACAUUCGACCAAUAUCAAAGGACAUUUCGACUCGCACCUUGCAAGCGCCGGAUGUUCAAGAAAAUCUCAGCCAUGUCCUCGAUCAAUUGACUGCAGACUCUUCACAAACAUGUUUUCAUCGUUCUUUACCCCUGCACGGGCUCUAUCCCGAAAAUAUCUUCGAACUAUUCAACACACCUGGCUCUCCAUCAGUUCUGUUUCAGUCCAAUGGAAGGUUCAGCAUCAUGUCUCUCCCUUCACCACGGAGUUGGCGGCUUGAAUACUCCGUGCCCAGAAAGUCAUUUUUGAUUGAAGAGCUAGGCGCAAUAACGAGCACUACUACUUAUAAGAAUAUCCCUGUGGAAACUCUUUGGCAAGUUUUGAAACAUGUCAUGGAUACCAAAAAAGUCACAUCAGGAAGAGACAACGUUCCUUUCUGGGGCGGAUUCCUGGGUUAUUUCUCAUAUGAGAUGGGACUCGUUGGACUGUCCCAUCCUAAAACGUCGCCGAUUGUGGGCUCUAAUGGAGAAGACUCAAGCUUUGCUCAAGAAGACGAAACAUCUGUCCCCGACGCUAGUCUAUUAUGGGUUGAACGAAGCAUCGUGAUUGAUAACGUUUUGCGAACAAUUUACAUUCAAUCUACGCGAGAAGCCGACAAUCAACCUGGUGGCUGGCUAGAAACCAUAUAUCAAAAGAUACAACAAUUUUAUUUACGUACGAGCCAAGCCGUUGAAAUCGGAUAUAAAUCGGCCGCACUGGAACAAUAUAGUUUGUUGACUUCUGCAGAAAGAGAACUCGUCGACAAACUUCUCCAAGGAAGCACGGUCAAGAUUCCUGACGAGACGGCCUACAAAUCACAAAUUGCCGAAUGUCAGGAAGAACUCAAAGCCGGCGAAUCAUAUGAGCUUUGUCUCACUGGAGAAACAACAAUCACACUGCCGGCAAUCACUGAUGCAAGGCUGCGCAAACUCCGUCCUUGGCUGAUAUACAAGAAGCUGAAAACAUACAAUCCCGCAGCAUUCAGCGCUUAUGGAAGCUUGGGCAAAGUCAAGAUUGCUAGCAGCAGUCCGGAGUGUUUCCUAAUAUGGGAUCGAACUUCUACUCUGGAAAUGAAACCCAUGAAAGGAACGGUACGAAAAUCGCCCGGCAUGACAUUGGAAAAAGCCAAGGAGAUUCUAGCCACUACCAAAGAAAUGGCGGAAAAUUUGAUGAUUGCUGACCUGAUUCGCCAUGAUCUAUAUGGGAUUUGUGGCUCAGGAAAUGUGCAUGUUGAGAAACUUUUGGAUGUCGAGGAUUACGGGCGUGUGUAUUCGAUGAUUACCCAUGUGAAAGGGAUAGUUGAUCGGGCGACGGCAAAAGACUCUAGACAUGACAGUAUGGCUGCAUACGGCCUUACUACUUUACAACGCACUUUGCCACCAGGAUCAAUGACGGGAGCACCGAAAGAACGAUCAUGCAUGCAUCUCGACAGAAUCGAGGGCUGGAAGCGCGGUAUAUAUUCCGGCGUGAUGGGUUAUUUGGACUUGGGCGGUUCGGGCAGUUUCUCAGUCCUGAUAAGAACUGCAUUUAGCAGUUCAGACCAUGAAGAUGCAGCCAGCGCGACUAAGCCAGAAGUUUGGCGUCUUGGUGCAGGAGGUGCAGUGACCAUAUUGAGUACACCGCAAGGGGAAUGGGAUGAGAUGAUAACCAAGUUACGAACUGUGGUUAGCAUAUUUGAAUCUUCAAAAUAA